AUGGUCGAUGCCAAGGGAAGGAACAUGAAAUGUCUGACUUUCUUCUUAAUGCUCCCUGAGUCAGUGAAAAGCAAGUCAAGUAAGAGUGCCAAGAAAGGGAAUGCCAGUGGCAGCUCUAAGCUGCCCCCUGUCUGUUAUGAGAUAAUCACUCUGAGGAGCAAGAAGAAGAAGAUGGCAGCGGAUAUUUUUCCCACCAAAAAGCCAGCGUCCACCAACACAGUGCAACAGUACCAGCAGCAGAACCUCAACAACAACAACACCAUACAGAACUGUAACUGGCAAGGACUCUACUCCACUAUCAGAGAAAGAAACUCCGUAAUGUUCAACAAUGAGCUGAUGGCAGAUGUUCACUUUGUGGUGGGUCAGCCUGGAAGGACCCAGCGGCUGCCGGGACACAGAUAUGUGUUGGCUGUGGGCAGCUCAGUGUUCCACGCCAUGUUUUAUGGUGAACUGGCUGAGAACAAUGAUGAAAUCCAUAUUCCAGAUGUGGAACCAGCAGCAUUUCUGGCAAUGCUGAAGUACAUCUACUGUGACGAGAUCGACCUGAGUGCUGACACAGUGUUGGCCACUCUUUAUGCUGCCAAGAAGUACAUUGUCCCUCAUCUGGCACGUGCAUGUGUCAACUUCCUUGAAACCAGCCUGAGUGCCAAGAAUGCCUGUGUGUUACUCUCGCAGAGCUGCCUGUUCGAGGAGCCAGAGCUGACACAGCGCUGCUGGGAGGUGAUUGAUGCCCAGGCAGAGCUGGCGUUACGCUCGGAGGGCUUCUGCGACAUCGACACCCAGACCCUGGAGAGUAUCCUACAGCGAGAGACACUUAAUGCUAAAGAGAUAGUGGUAUUUGAGGCGGCGCUCAGCUGGGCUGAGGCUGAAUGCCAGAGACAGGACCUCACCUCGUCGACUGACAACAGGCGUAAGGUUUUGGGCAAGGCUGUGUACCUGAUACGUAUCCCUACGAUGGCUCUCGAUGAUUUUGCCAACGGAGCGGCCCAGUCGGGUGUGUUGACGCUUAACGAGACUAAUGACAUCUUCCUGUGGUACACAGCAGCCAAGAAGCCUGAGAUGCAGUUUGUCAGCAUGCCUAGGAAGGGCCUGACACCCCAGCGCUGCCACAGAUUCCAGUCAUGUGCAUACCGAAGCAAUCAGUGGCGCUAUCGGGGCCGCUGUGACAGCAUACAGUUUGCAGUGGAUAAAAGAGUUUUUAUCGCAGGGUUUGGACUGUAUGGAUCUAGCUGUGGCUCAGCAGAGUACAGUGCCAAGAUUGAGUUGAAACGCCAAGGAGUACUGCUGGGACAACACCUCAGCAAAUACUUCUCUGAUGGUUCCAGCAACACUUUCCCAGUAUGUUUUGAGUAUCCAGUACAGAUCGAGCCUGACACCUUCUACACUGCCAGUGUGGUUCUGGAUGGGAAUGAGCUCAGCUACUUUGGACAGGAAGGGAUGACAGAGGUGCAGUGUGGGAAAGUGACAUUUCAGUUCCAGUGCUCCUCGGACAGCACUAACGGCACUGGGGUGCAGGGGGGACAGAUUCCUGAGCUCAUCUUUUACGCUUGA